AUGGAUGUACCGGUGGCUGCGAAUGUACUAGGAACGCUGGGAGCAGUGUGUUGGUCCAUUCAGCUUAUCCCACAAAUCGUCAUCAACUAUCGCAGGCACAAUGCUACUGGACUCCAGCCGACCAUGAUGAUGCUGUGGGCAUGGGCUGGGGUUCCUUUGGGCGUUUAUAACAUUGCUGAAGACUACAACAUUGCUCUGCGCAUACAGCCUCAGAUUCUUACCGUACUGAGCCUGGUGACGUGGAUCCAGUGUUAUUACUAUGAGAAGAGUUGGUCGGUUCUUCGCUCGCUCGCAGUUGUGGUCCCUGUGGCGUGCCUCAUGGGCGGUAUUCAAGCUGGUCUCAUCUUCGCCAUUCAGCAUGCCAAGUCAGAGGGACUGCAUUGGCCCAGUAUCCUCAUGGCUGUUGCUUCAGCCGCUCUGCUUGCUGCUGGUGUCCUGAGACAUUACGUGGAUGUCUACGUUCACCGGACCGUUCGUGGCAUAUCCUUCAUCUUUGUCGGUAUUGAUGCCCUGGGAGAUCUCUUCUCCUUGGUGUCAGUCGUCUUCCAACCUAAGCUUGACGUCUUGGGUCUGGUCAUUUACGGCUCCGAACUGGUGCUGUGGAUCGGCAUCUUCCUGUGCGGAGCGUAUUACAAUCUUCCCUCGUGGUACGCUGCAAAGAAGGAGACGGAGAGGACCAGCGAGGGCUUAGAUGAGCCGAACAGUGGGCCGGCGGGCACGUCUGGGAUCGCACUUCACGAUCUGCCCUCCAGCACUUCCGUGUUCAGGACGCCAUCGGGCGAAAUUGAAGCGAUCCGACAGCGCAGUAUGGGCUCAAUACGUGUUGCUGGUCUGGAACAUCUACCGCGGAGGGUGUAG